CCUCAGCCAAUACUUGACACUAUAAAACUUCUCUUCUUCUUCUACUUCUUCUAAAUCUCAAUUCCAUAUAUACAUAAGAUAUAUAUAUUAGAUAAAUAGUAUAAAGUCAAAAAAAAAGUAGCUAUUCAAUUUACACUAUACAUAGCAUGUCAUUCCUAUCAUCUAUUCAUGAACUACUUUCAUCAUUCGUUGGAUGUUGUAUACCUAAUUCUAACCUUAGUAUAAAUGGAAGAGCAUAUCGUAUUAUUAAACUAUUAGGAGAAGGAGGAUUCUCAUUUGUUUACCUUGCUCAAGAUGGAUCAGGCGAGUUAUUUGCUUUAAAAAAAAUACGUUGUACUUUAGGUACUGAGGAAGCAGAGCUAGCACAAAGAGAAGUUGAUAUAUAUCAAAUGUUUUCACAUAAAAAUAUUAUAAAAAUGAUUGAUUCAAGUACAAUAACUGAAUCAGAUGGUAGUAAAACGAUUUAUAUAGUUUUACCUUAUUAUAAAAGAGGCAACUUACAGGAUGCUAUCAAUAAAAAUAAUCUAAAUAAAACUCACUUUUCUGAAAUGAAUAUGAUUCAAAUAUUUAGAGAGAUUUGUGAAGCAGUUGAAGUAUUACAUACCUAUAAGGCGCAGGGUGGAGCAAGAGUCAUGUAUGAACCAAGCCAAGCAAUUUCUCCAGAAGAAGAAAACAAACAAGAUCAACAAGCCUUACUGAGUCAUCAACAGGAACAACCUUCUGGUGUAACAAAGAUGGAUGGUAAACGAGGUGAAAUCGUUCCUUGGGCACAUCGAGAUAUUAAGCCUGGAAAUGUUUUAAUGUCAGAUGAUGGGGAGACGCCUAUUUUGAUGGAUUUUGGAUCUGCUUGUGCGGCGAGAAUUCAUAUUAACACGAGACAAGAAGCAUUACAACAACAAGAUUUAGCAGCUGAACAUUGUACUAUGCCUUAUAGAGCGCCUGAAUUAUUUGAUGUAAAAACGGAUAGUACAUUAGAUGAAAAAGUAGAUAUUUGGUCACUAGGAUGUACAUUAUAUGCUAUGGCUUAUGGUCAGUCACCUUUUGAAAUCAAUACGACAGAUCAAGGCGGAUCAGUUGCUUUAGCUGUCUUAAAUAAUCAAUAUAAAUUUCCCGAGAGCUCUGAAUAUACAAAAGAAUUUAAUGAUAUGAUUCGAUGGAUGUUAACUGGUAAUCCUGCGGAUAGACCUAAUAUUCAUCAAGUCAUUGCCAAGAUAGAUGAACUAUCAAGAAGAGAUUCAUCCUGAAACAAAAUAAAUUAUGAUUGUAUAAAUGAAAAAAAAAGUAGCUUAGUUUAGGCUUGCUUAUAUAAUGUAAUUUUAUAAGAAUGGAUAUUUAUAGAUGUUGUUGGUGUUAUAUAUGUGUAUAAAUAAGCAAA